AUGCCGGGCAUAGCUGCGGUAAAAACGCGGCUGAAACCGAAUAUUAUAACUGCUAUCCACACAGGCUAUGCUAAUAUUAAUUCUCGUAUAAAACCUUACUACCACCGUUACGACCGAACAUUCGAUACCGGUCGAGCAAGAGACCAGCAUUAUAAUGCAUCGGCUCAUCACCACAUUUGCGAUGUCUGCCAGUUCAACAGCUCCUCUUAUAACGAGUUAGUACAACACAAUCGCAGCACGCUUUAUAGGAUUAUAUGCAAUAGUUAUAACGAUGAUAGGUGGUGGAUACCGGAUAGCCAAGCGUACAAGGACCAUUUAAGGAAUGACAAUGUGUGUACGACAUGCGAGCGUCAUUUCAAUAGCCUCAACAACCUGCGACAUCACAAGCUAGUGCACCUAAAACCUUCAGUCGAAUGCUAUGGUUGCACUCGGUCCUUUACUACUUAUUCUGGGAUAAUAAUCCAUCUAGAGUCUAGGACGUGUACGUCUAGUAUUGAUAUUCUAGACUUAAACAAGUCAGCUACAAUUUAUUAUCAAUGGCAGAAGUUCCUGGAUGGGGAGUACCGUGACGAUAUCCUUAGCUGUUAUGAUUUGAAGGAAGAGUACGAUGGCGCGGUUUAUCCGUUCAGGUGUCCAGAAUGCGACACUACGUUUUCGAAACUUUCAGGACUCUUCCAGCAUAUAGAUAGUAGGUCUUGCGAACAGAGGCUAAACGGCGGGCCGAUAGCUAAGCUUAUAAAGUAG